CCCCUACUCCUCACCUCAAUCAAUCCUCCCUUCUGUCUAGGCAAACAACAACAUUAACCAAAUGUUGUCUUUCUCUCUUGGUUUCGCGUCGGCAACGUUGCCUUGCAAUUCCACUCUGAUGAUAGCAAACAACACCUGCCUCUCAUCAAAGUCACCGAGAAACAUUGAGUUUCGAAAACCAUUCCUUCGUUUACAGAGAUUUUCUCAAAAUAAUGUCCGAGACAUUGCACCUUCGCAAAACAUGGCCAUCAAAGAUAAAGGCAGCCGUGACGUUUGUGUUGCCGCCAUCGCCGCCCCACCUACCAUCACAGAUAUGGCUCGGGAAUCGCGAGAUGGUAUCGGAAUAAUUGACUUCCUGGAGAGACGGAACUUUCUUGUCACUGGUGCGACUGGGUUUCUCGCGAAAGUUCUCAUUGAGAAGAUUUUAUGCGUCGCACCCAACGUAGGGAAGAUCUUCCUGCUGAUCAAGGCAAAAGACGAGCAAGCUGCCAUGGACAGAGUCAAAAACGAGAUAAUAGAGUGUGAGUUGUUCAAGUGCCUAAAACAAAAGUAUGGAGAACAAUACACAAAUUUCAUGCUGAGCAAGCUUGUUCCAGUCAAGGGCGACAUUCGGGAGUCGAAUAUGGGAAUAGCGGAUGAUUUUCUUCACCAAAUUACACAAGAAGUCGAUGUCAUCAUAAACUCAGCAGCCAACACAACUUUGGAUGAGAGGUACGAUGCAUCUCUCGUCGCGAACACCAUUGCGCCUUCUCGGCUUUUAAGCUUUGCCAAGAAAUGCAAGAAACCAAGCCUUUUCUUGCACUUGUCUACAACAUAUGUGAAUGGAGAGAGGCCGGGAAUAUUAAUGGAGAAGGCCUUUGAAAUGGGGGAGAGCAGAAUAGACACGUCGACUCAAAGCAAGUUGGACGUCCAUUACGAAAUAAAUUUGGCUUCAGAUCUAGUUGAAACACUCCCUCCAAAUGAAAUGCCUCAGAAAUUAAAGGAGAUUGGUCUGUUCAGGGCAAGAACGUAUGGGUGGCAGAACACAUAUCAAAUGACCAAGGCCAUGGGGGAGAUGAUGAUAAACGCAGAUAGAGGAGGAAUACCCGUUGUUAUCAUUCGUCCCAGCGUAAUCGAGAGUACUUUUCAAGACCCUUUUCCCGGAUGGAUUCAAGGAUACAGAGUGCUCGACCCCUUGAUCUUGUCCUAUGGGAAAGGACGACUCCCAGGUUUCCUAGUCAAUCCCAGCACAGUUAUGGAUGUGGUACCAGCAGACCUAGUUGUGAACACGAUCAUCGCGGCAAUGGCAAAGCACGGGAUUGCUGCGAGCCCUGGCAUCGACGUGUACCAUGCCGCGUCGUCUACGGUGAAUCCGAUGACGAUGGGUGACAUGUUCAAGUAUUCCCGCGACCAUUUCGCAGCUUCUCCCUUGACAGACAACAAAGGAGAUGAGAUUCAAAUUACUGACAUGGAGUAUUUCGGUUCAAUAGACAGCUUCUCCUCCUACAUAGAGAAAGACAUUUCAGAGAAAAGUGGCUUGAGCAAAGAACUUGGCCCUAAUUUAAACCCAAAGCAACAUUCCAGGCUUGAAGCAAGAUGCAAGAGAAUGGCAGAGAGUCUAAUUCACUUGGCUAAGUUGUACGAGCCCUACAUGUUCUACCGUGCAAGGUUCGACAAUGAGAAAACACAGAAGUUGAUGGAACAAAUGUCGACCGAAGAGCGUAAUCAAUUUCCAAUGGAUUUGAGGAACACAAAUUGGGAGGAUUACUUUGCGAAUGCCCAUAUUCCAGGUCUGAGGAGGCAUGUCAUCAAAAAGGCAUCCUUGUCUUGACAUAUCUUUGUACUCGAAAUUCUAAAGAUCGCGUAGAACGUGAGCAGUAACUCUUGCUGGACAAUAAUAAUGUUGACGUAUUACGGGGCCAGCAAUCCGGAUUCAAGUGUCAAAUUCGGAUCUUAUAGCCUUGUCAUGCUAAGUAGUAUGUUUCUGUUGAACAGGUAGGGUAAAUGGUGUGUUGAGAAAAUCGUGUCAACUUGUGUCGCUUUUGUACUUUUCAAUUGAUUUCCGUUUCGUAGUCGUGUCGAUUCGUGUUAAAAGUCGUCGCUCCAUGUACAAUCUUUAGAUUUGUAAUAUGUGUGCAAGUGUGAAAGUCGCAUUGUCUCUCGAUUCGAUGAAGAUCUAAUAA